UGUUAACGAAACGAACGAUACGUUUUCUUCUCUUCGAGCGCGAAGCUGAAUAGACGAUAGGCAAUGAAGGAAAUGUACAUAAUCGUCUUGUUGUCAUCUUGGGCCGUUGGGAGUUGGGCCGAUUGGGAAUUACAAUGUCCUGUUACAAAAUGCCCAUAUCCAGAGGAAUAUGCAACCAACCUGCCGCAUGAGAACGACUGCACGAAAUUCUAUAAGUGCAGUUGGGGUGUUCCGGUAUUGCAGGAUUGUCCUCUGAUGAUUCCGGAUAACCAGGAAAAAAGACUGCAUUACAAUAGACGCUUACAAGUUUGCGAUUGGCCGUGGCAGGCUGGUUGCGAAAAUUGUACGGAGGCAAGUGUCGAUGACAAGUGCUCGCCGGCAGACAAGAUAUCCGAUCCAAAAAAUGACUGCAAUUACAUCGAUUGCAAUGGUUAUAAAGAACGCACUUGUGAAGAGGGAUGCUUUAGUCGGACGUGUCAGGAAUGCGUUAAGGAUCGAGCGGGCGGGAAUUGCGGUGAAACUAUUACCCCCACGUCGCCAUGCGCGGAGGGCGAUCGAAGGCCACGUGGUCGCCCUUGUGAAUGCACUUUGUAUGAAGAAUGUAUAGAUGAAGAAUGGCAAAUCCAAGAAUGUAAAAACGGUUUACAUUAUAAUCCCGAAACUAAGGAAUGCGACACACCGGACAAAGCUGGAUGCGUGAAGGUUCCUUCUACAAUAAUAGAGAAUAGAUACUGAUUCGCUCCUAUGUUCCGCGCGAUGGAUCUAUCAAACGUGUUGCGAGAUUAAAUCGGAAAGCAAUUGCUGCAUUCUCGGUGCUGAGGUAACAAAUUAUUGUAUAAAAUAAAACGUCUCGUGUAAAAAUAAGACGUGCAAGUUUUGAGUGAUUCGAAAAUUAAUCUUAAAUGUAGAAUUAACAAGAAAUAAUCAAGAUUGAAAAUGUGCGAAUUUUAAGAAAGAGAUUAAAGAUAAACUUGCGUCGAAUUAUUAAACUUGUUUUAU